AUGAACUGUAAGACGUGGCUUUUCGAUCCGCCCGACGAUCCUCUGCCGCUUCCGCAGAUCGCAGGACGAGCGGGGCAAGGUGAGGUGCCGCGAGUUGACCCGGUGUCUUCACCCGGCAAGCUUCUGCAGGCCAUGCCGCGCUUCCUGCAAACCACCUCGCAGGAGGAUGGGCCAGACCUACCCAUCAUCCUCCCAAUGGAGAGCAGUGGUCAGCAGUGCUUGGACGUCCUGACCUGCAUUUGCGCUGUGCUGGCCGUCGUCUGCUUUUGCGGCAUCAUUGUCUGUGUGGUUAUGUUAAUUUUCAAUGAGGCGAUGCCAUUUGCCUGCCCGUCUCAUCACGUCGUUUGCCAACUUUUGGAGCAUUCGGCGAAUCCACAAUUUCGUGCUACAGUUCUGUCGGUCUUCACCCUGUGUGUCGUGUGCCUGCCCCUGGCAUUGGCUUCAUGUCAGGGGCAGUGCAUGUGCUUGCAGGUGGUUUUUCGAGAUGGCGGGCUCGUUUCGCAAGCAAAGCGCUGUCGUGAUGCCUGCUUCAAGCGCUUGGCGGCAGCCCCGUCGGACAUAGCAAGGAGGGUGCGGUCGCUCCGCUCACUGAAGAAGCCAUCCAGCCGUGUGCACCCAAGCCAGGAGGGACCAAGGCAGCUCCCGACGGUCUGCUUCGGUGCCCAGGACUUCAGCAACUUCGCGAUUGUUCCCGUUCCGCAGCUGUCCCGCAUGGGGCACAAAACCAAGCAGGUGGCUGAAGGUUUUCCCCGACGUUGGUGUCAGAUGGCAACUCUGCCUUGUCGGGAAGUGGUAGAGCUCAGCCCUUUUGAGGGCGAGGGUGCCGAAGUUGCAGCAUUAGUGCUUAAAGACGCUACAUGGCAUCAGCCCCCGCGUUGCGAGCAGGUGCUUCGUGUUCAGAAUUCCAGCGCCUGGGCAGCCUACAACACCCGCAAAGCUCAGCUACUCUCACGGCGCAGCUGGUCCGGUGAGGAUGAUGUGCCGCUGACAGCGCUGGACCGUCUGAACUUCUGCGCGGACGAGUUGGACAGCCGCCUCAAUGAGCAAUUUCUUCUCUGCGGUACGACUGUGGAGCUUGCCGAGUAUGCACAGACCACCGGAGAGGUGGUGGCCAGCCCUGAGUGCCCACGUCAUCAGCUGCAGUCCCUGGGCGGCGGCGUGCACUUUUGCUCUGAAGGCUUCAUCGCACACGAGCAGGCCACCGAUGCUGGCUAUAGCCGAGACGGCCUGGAAAGUGCUUGGGCCGUCUUGGUCUGCCGCGUGCUGGUCGGCAGGCCGCUGCGCCACAGUGGCCGCCGGGGCGGUCCACGUUUGCACAGGGACUGGGAAAGUGGUCGCUUCGGGAGUCUCCUUCUUGGUGACAACACUUGUCGCACGGAGAUCUUCAUCCCGAUGGAUGCCAUAUCGAGCGUAUACCCUGAAUACGUGAUCAUCCUUCGGUGA